UCAUGUUCCCCUCUGCAAUAUAACACAAACUGUGAAAUCCAUUGCCGACCGUCUUCAUCCGGAUUGCUUUCACUGGAUCGCUGGAAUUUGCACGUCUCCUCAGGGUCCUGCAAAAGUCGCCCCCCACUUUUCAUCCUCUUCUGCCUGCACAAUGGCAACACAUAGAAACUCAGUGGAGCUGCGGCCCGUCUCCACCAACAGCGGCCUGGAGGGCAACUCGCGCAGCCUCAGUAGCCAGCAGUCGACUGCUGAAAGCCAGGCACGGACAUCCUCUUCCAAGAAGGUCCAGAACGUGGUGACGGUGCAGCUUCUCUCCCACCUGCCUCAACGUUCAACGGUGAACCUGGAGUUCAGCAACCUGUCCUACCUGGUCCAGGAGGGUCCCUGCUGGAGGAGGACCGGUAAGGCCCAUCGCACCAAAGGGCUAAUUUCUCGCCCGAGCUCCGAGGCAGGUCACGUCACCAAAGGUUACAAAGCGUUACUGAACAGCAUCUCAGGAAGAUUCUGUAGUGGAGAAAUGACGGGAAUCAUGGGUCCCUCUGGCUCCGGGAAGUCCACGCUGAUGAAUCUUUUGGCAGGAUACAGGUCAGGUUAUUGUGAGGACCAAUGGCUGGAGAUGGUCCAAGCUCUCUGUAUGUGGUUCUUCUGCAGGGAGGUUGGAAUGAAGGGUGAGAUCCUGGUGAACGGAGCCCCUCGAGAUCUUCGGGCCUUCAGGAAAAUGUCAUGUUACAUCAUGCAGCAGGACAUAUUGCUCAUGAACCUGACUGCGAGAGAAGCCAUGAUGGUCUCGGCCAAUUUGAAGCUCAGUAAGACUAGAGACAUGAAGAAAGUCCUGGUAAAUGAGAUCUUACUGGCUUUGGGACUUCUCGACUGUGCGGGCACAAGGACUAGCUUACUCUCUGGUGGUCAGUGCAAACGUCUUGCCAUCGGUCUGGAGCUGGUCAACAACCCUCCAGUCAUGUUCUUCGAUGAACCCACCAGCGGCUUGGACAGUGCGUCUUCCUACCAGGUGGUGUCACUGAUGCGUUCUCUCGCACUGGGAGGACGAACCAUCAUCUGUACCAUCCACCAACCCAGUGGCAAACUGUUCGAGCUGUUUGACAAGCUCUACAUCCUCAGUCGGGGGCAGUGCAUCUACAAAGGCAGAGUCACAAACCUCAUCCCCUAUUUAAGGACUUUUAAUCUGUGUUGCCCCACCUACCACAAUCCCGCUGACUUUGUGAUUGAAGUAGCGUCGGGGGAGCACGGGAACCUGACGUCGGUUCUGAGUGAAGCGAUUAAAGCAGGAAGGUGUGGAGAUGGAAAUGAGACCCUGAGUGGUAGAAAAAGUUCCACCAUCGGUGUGCCCACAUGCCCGACGGACACAGAGGAGAAGAACACGUUCGCCACCAGCUCGCUGACACAGUUCCUCAUUCUCUUCAAGAGGAGCUUCAUAAGCAUCUGGCGAGAUCAGGUGCUCACCAAACUCAGACUUGGCUCCCAUAUCGGCAUGGGGUUGCUGAUCGGCCUGCUCUACCUGAACAUCGGCAACGAUGCCAACAAAGCCUUUUACAACACCGGCUUCCUCUACUUCUCUUUGCUCUUCCUCAUGUUUGGGGCCCUCAUGACAACUGUGCUGACCUUUCCUCUGGAGAUGUCUGUGUUCCUCAGGGAGCAUCUGAACUACUGGUACAGCCUGAAGGCCUACUAUCUGGCGAAGACCAUGGCUGACAUCCCCUUUCAGGUCAUGUGCCCCCUGAUCUACUGCAGCAUUGUCUACUGGAUGACCGGGCAGCCUGUCGACGCCAUUCGCUUCCUCCUGUUCGUCACCUUGUCCAUCUGCACCGCUCUGGUUUCCCAGUCUCUUGGGAUGCUGGUUGGUGCUGCCUCUGCUUCCCUUCAGGUGGCAACUUUCGUUGGGCCCAUCACCACCAUCCCUGUGCUGCUCUUCUCUGGAUACUUCAUCAACUUUAACACCAUACCCAUCUACCUUCAGUGGAGCUCCUACAUGUCGUACGUCAGGUACAGCUUCGAAGGAGUGAUCCUCACCAUCUACGGGAUGAACCGCUCAAAGCUGGAGUGUCCAGACGCAUUCUGUAGGUUCACGGACCCUGAAGAGAUCAUCAAGCUCCUGGACGUGGACGACGCUGAGCUCUUCAUAGACUUUGUUUCGCUGGGCAUUUUCUUCGUGGUCCUGCGCCUGGCGACCUUCGUCGUCCUCCACUACAAGGUCAAGUCUGAGCGAUACCUCUCGUCGUGUUCUCCAACGAAAUCCUGAGAACACAGGACAAGUACCAGACGUCGGCGCCACCUAUAAUGUAUUCACGAUGUAAAUGGGUGACUCCUUCCAUGGUUCAGUUCCAUUCCUGUCUUGAGAACCGCCUGAGGUCAGGGGACUCAUGGUAAUUGUGCAUUUAUUAUACAGUAUUAAUACUGUACUAAUAAAGAAGUUAUUUACAGAUGGAGGAAUGCUGAGUGAAGGGAGUGUGGCUGAGUGUGCGUGAGACAGAGAAGUUACAGGUGCAGCACAAUGGCGGGAGUGAAGCACACUGGAGGCCUGAGCAGACAUAGUAACUCAUUUGCAGGUCCAAGGUCAGACGGAGGAAAGUACCAUCUUCUCAAGAGCUGGUUCUGCUAAAGUUCAGACUGCGACCCAAAUAUCCCAGCAGUUUGUUGUCUCAGUUUGCAGCCUUUAAAUUAUUAUUUUGUUCUGUUUUUAUUGUAAAGAAUUUUGAA